GUAUAUAUAGAUUACUUAAGACGAGAGGAUGCUGAUAUAUGCCUGGAACAUGUCAUCAGUUGUUGCCAAGCAACACUCUCCUCUCAUAACCUGAUGCUUAUUUUUACUGCUAAAUAUGAAGUGUUUGUGCAGUUUUUCAGCAGUCUGUUAUCGCUGUCAUCAAAUAUAUUAUCCAAUGAUGGUACUCUUUCAGUUGCCAUGGAGAUUCUGUUAACUUCAUCAUUAGAACGAUAUAGUACACUGCAGAGACAGCAGAUAAAUCAGAGAAUGGUGUUUGUGUCAGUUUAUGAACAUUUAUUCAUUGCUGGUAUGUCUCUACAUCAUCAGUUAUGUAAAAAACAACAUAAUAUGGACACGGAGAAGACGAGACAAAUUAUUGAAAAUAUUAUAAUAAGUGGAAUAUUUCACAGGUAA